GAGUAGAGGGAAAAUUUUUGACCUUGGAGUUCAUACAUAAAAUUAUUUUAUCUGAUACUGAUAAAGCAACUUUAAAAGAUUUAAAAGAAACCACCAUUCCUAAACAAAGAAAGGGAGUUGAAAUCGCUCAAAAUAUCGAUGGAGCCGGAUUAAUUGGACAUUUCAUCACCAAGAAAGUGUUAGGAAUGUUUUCUGAUAAUAAAGAAUAA